UUUAUUUCCGUGACUUGUUUAUUUGCUUUUGUGUUUAUUUUCGACUUUUUUUAAUUUGUUUUCGUUAUUAUGUUUCGUUAUUUACUUGGAGUUAGGCAUCGCAAUUUAGACCUGGUGCGGGGAAGAGUAUUGACGUCGUGAGGAGUAGUUUCCGAUGGUUGCCCGCCUAUGGACGGCGGAGCUGCAGCGGCCGCCAAGUGGGGUGACUGCCAUGUGUGACCAGCACUACAUGGAAUGGUACAUCCGGCACUCGCACCCGAGGUUGAUCAAAGACAUCGACGACGCAGAUGAUGACGAUGUGCCACCUGCCACUGCCUCUUAUGCGUGGAUGGGCAAGAUUAUGCAGUUGGGACACCGACUUUUUGAGGAAAGGGACUGCAUGACGAGUGCAUCAGGCAGAGCUGUUAUUGACGAUCUGGAACGGACCCUUGAGCAGUGGCAGUGGGCGUCACAGAGGGAUUACUGAUAUUUGAAAUUAGACAUUAUCUUUCUAGUUUGUAAUAUUUGAAAUUAUUGUUCUUAGUUUUUAAAAUUCAAUAUUAUCUUUUUAGUUUGUAAUAUUUGAAAUU